AUGCCCGUCGAGCACCUGAAGAGUCGCACCGUUCUAGCUGAGACCACCAUCGGCGUGGUGCACGUGCUGCGCUUCACCAAGUACCUGAAGCUCGGAGCUUCUCAUAUUGAACCGCACUACAAAAGACGAGACCAAGGGCCGACACAGAGACUCCAGACCUACAAGCGCCUCUAUGCUUCCCAGGACUGCCGCCUCGAGAGCCUGCCUGUGGUCGUCGUCUGUCGCACUGCAGCCCAGGCACUGCUCCUGGAGGGGUUUCUACAUCGCUUCAUGCGACGGUGGUAUCCCCAGAUGGUCAUGGAGGAGUCUGACUCCAACGAGCUCUACAGCCUCGACGCGCAGGACGUCCUGCUGCAGCAGCUUCACUGGCGGGCACAGCAGUGGUGCGACCGGCGAACCGGCGUCCUUGCCUCCACGGAAAACGCUCUGCCAGAGGACAACUCGAGCUGGGACCUCUGCGAGAGUGCAGGCUUGGACGCCAUGCAUGUCCUGAAGUGCUUCCAUGCUGGUUGUGACUUCAUUGACAUGAGCCUGGUGGAUGGCUUCACGUUGCCUUUCAAACUGGAAGUUGUGGCGGGCACAUGCACUGGGCAGGAUCCACAGGCCCAGACUAUCACGAACCUGGACUGUAGUGGCCUCUCUGUUGACAAGUGCCCCGUCGACGACAACUUGGGGAAGGGGCCAACGAACAUGCAGGCGAUCAACCCCAAAAUCCACAAACCCGUAGGCUGCUAUGCUCCUUGCUUGAAGCUCAUCGACACCAAGUGGAACAAUGUGCAGGCAACGGGCAAGUCCCGAAACGACCCCGACGUGACAAAAUACUGCUGUACCACACCACCUGAGAACUCGCAGACCUGCAACGCGGGGCCCUUGCCGCAAACGAAGUACGUCCAGACAGUGCACCAAUACUGCCCGGGCGUCUAUGCCUUCGCCUACGACGAUGGUCAAGGGCUGAUGCGCUGCUCCUACGGCCAGUACAGGCUCACCUUCAUGUGUCCCGGUGUCCCCUUGGCGGACCAAAAGUUCGAAGAGGUCAAGGAAAAGGAGGACCUUUUCUUCUCCUCGUGCGGCGCAGUGACCUUCGUCCUCUUCGCUGCCGUGCUCGGUGUGGGUCUGGCAUUGGCCGCUAUCCACAAGCGGGGCUUCAGGGACCGUUGGAUGCGACCAAGCCGCAACUCCGACGUAUUCCUGCCACCUGAGUGA